GCCUUAAAAUAUAUAUUUUCUAUACAUUUAUGAGGGUAAGAAAAACAAUAUUGUCAACAAAGCUUGUGACGUAUGAUUCAUGUUUUACUUACACAGAAGAGGUCGUGGUUUUUUUUCAGCAUCGUUUAGAUGACACAGAAAUAGAUUUUUUGGAAGGUUGCCUUAAUGGCAGCAAGGGCCAUUUUCAUGUUUGCCAGGUCCACUGUAGGUUGACCAACAGUUUUCAAAACUUAAGCCAUGUAAAUACAUUGAGCUGUUUCAAAUUUUCUAACAAAGUAGUUAAAAGUUUUUAUUAAAAAAAAAUUUUUUAAGUUCGGGAAAUGCUUCCGGAAAUGAGUGAUCAUGUUCCGUCCGAAAAACGGCGUACAAGAUACACUCGAUCAUCGACUGUUAGUGUUACUCAAAUUUUAUCGGAUUCAUAUUCAAAUCUUAUCAAUCGUAUUACUGGCCGCUCGCGUGGGCCUUCGGAAUCUGUUCGUAAACCUCCUGAAAUAAAACCAUUGGAAUUAACUACACGAAAUAAUAUCCCAUCCUCUUCAUCAUCAUCUACAUACCUUCCUAGCCCAUUUCAUUCAUCUGGUUAUUCUUUACGGAAUGAAGAACGUUACUUAUCUGUGUUAGAUGCUCAUCGUAAUAGACGACAACAAAGACCUUUAACUAAAAGUGCUACAACUGUUUUGUUAUCUGAAAAAGCUUAUCCUUUUGUUCAUCAAACUCCCCGAGAAAAAACUCCAUACCGUCGUCACAAACCUAAUAUGUUACUUUCCAUACGUCCUUUAAAACGAUCUCCGCCUACAGCUCCAGUAGUAUCUAAUCCUCCAGUUACUGACCCAUCUGAUCAAAAUACAGAUCCUGUGAUAACAGAGCGCGAGGCUAAACGUAAGGAAAUACAAACAUUAAUAAUGAAAUAUUCAGCCUUAGACCACGAGGAGAAUAAUGAUGAAACCCCUAGUGCUUUGGCUAAGUGCCAGCAAAAAUAUUCUUCCAUUCUUAGUUCAUCUACAAAUUGUGGUCCUCGAGCAAGAAGUCCAGUCAUUGUGGAUGACGAAGAGGGACAUCUGAUUUACAAAAAUGGAGACAAUCUGGCCGAUAGAUAUCAAAUUAUUCAAACUCUUGGUGAAGGUACUUUUGGUAAAGUUGUAAGCGCUAAAUCGUUAAAAAAUCGUGAUCAAAUUGCUGCUGUUAAAAUUAUAAAGAAUGUUGAAAAAUAUAGAGAAGCUGCUCGUUUAGAAAUAAAUGCUUUGGAUAAACUGAAUGCCAAAGAUCCUGAGAGUAAAAACCUUUGUGUUCGGAUGAUUGAUAACUUUGAGUAUGGUGGCCAUGUAUGUAUUGGUUUUGAGCUUUUAGGUUUGAGUGUCUUUGAUUUUUUAAAAGAUAACAAUUAUCAGCCAUACACCAUUGAUCAAGUUAGACACAUAUCUUAUCAACUAUGUUAUGCAGUUCGAUUUCUUCACCGAAAUAAACUUACCCAUACUGACUUAAAACCAGAAAAUAUACUUUUUGUGAAAUCAGAUUAUGAUACUCAGUAUAACCAAAAAAAAAAGCGUGCAUAUAAAAUGAUAAAAGACACUGAAGUCAGAUUAAUUGAUUUUGGUAGUGCAACAUUUGAUGAUGAACAUCAUAGUACAGUUGUUUCUACUAGACAUUACAGAGCUCCUGAAGUUAUUUUAGAACUUGGUUGGGCCCAACCUUGUGAUGUAUGGUCAAUUGGUUGUAUUAUAUUUGAACUUUAUCUUGGUAUCACUUUAUUUCAAACGCAUGAUAACCGUGAACACCUUGCAAUGAUGGAGCGAAUACUAGGCUCAAUACCUUACAAGAUGGCUAGGCGUAGUAAAACCAAAUACUUUUAUCAUGGUAAACUUGAUUGGGACCAGUCUAGUUCUGCUGGACGUUAUGUUAGAGAAAACUGUAAACCAUUAAAAAGAUACAUGAGCUCAGAAGAAGAAGACCAUAGACUAUUAUUUGAUUUGAUCUCUCAAUUACUUAAGUAUGAACCAUCUCAACGAAUGACCAUGGAAGAAGCAUUAGAUCAUCAGUUCUUUUAUAAACUUCCUUCUAAUCAAAGAUUACACGAUAAAGAAGAAAGAUCGCAUUCACUUUCAAGAUGAAAUUAUUGAAAAAGUCGUUGUCUGUGAAAUUAAGACUUCAGGCAUAUACUUUGUCAUACUAUGUGAUCAAAGUUGAAUAUUUGUUUUAAUUAUUAAAACUAACUUACCAGCUUCUUGUAUAUUCACAUCUAGGACAACAUAAAAAAUAUA